UGCCGUUGCAGCACACGUAGUCAGGAGCAGGCCAAACGCGCGCUGCACAGACCCAGACCUUCUCAGGAGUCAAGGUCACAAACGCGGCAGCCGUCACAGGCCCAGCUUGCUGCCCCGAACAAUCGCCUUGGACGAGUCGCACCGACAAGGCUUGCGUACAGCGGUGCCUUGAUCGUUCUGAGCGGGUGGUUGCUUCUUUUGGCUUUGGGCCAUUUCAUCCUGCAUGGUUCGCGCCCUUGGACAUCGCAGGAGCAGCUUUAUUCGGUUGCGACUGUAGCGCUUCAACGUCUGUCAUUCUUCUCGACACAGCUGUCUGACCACAGGACGAGGCGGAAUCGCGGCCUAGCGGUCAAACUUCCAAGGGGCCUCUUACUUUAGUCUGGCUCGGAUCUCUCCUCUCAGCUAGCUGCGCUCGUUCUUAGCCCGCAGCGAUGGCAUCCAAUGCUAGAGGUGGCAGAGGUGGGGGGCCGGGAGCUUCGCAAAGGCUCAGCGCCACACCGACAGGGAAUUGGCGCACUGGAGGUCCGAAUGGUGCUGCAUCUGGUGCAAGUCCUGCAGGCGGAGCAGGCUCGAGAUGGGCCGCUGGACCUCCAAGGAACAAUCAGAGUGCUCAGAACGGGAACGCCA